CCUUCUUGUAAAUGUAUGAAAAUUGAUAUUUUCCUUUCACGAAGUGAAUUGGAUUCCAAAAAAGUAUUGCACAAAGGUCAAUCAAAUGUUAAUCGAUAUUGUCAACCCAUCCCUACUAUAAGUUGUGGUUAGAAUUCAGGAAAAUAAAAACUUGGUGUUAUUUCGUAGGAAAAAAGGAAUAUCAGUUAAUUAUGCAAUAACCAGACCAUUCAAAAACGAACAAUAGGUAUUACAACUGGCAUAAUUAAAAUGCUAUUCCCAAGAUUUAAGAGAAUUGGAAAAACAUUACUUCUACUCUCGAAUGAACCUUCUAAUUCAAUCAGAACCAUAAAAACUAAGCAUGGAAUUAUUCAUCCAGAACCUAAAAAAGUAUCCUUUGGCAUAAUCAGGGUCCUUUUGACGAUAGCCUCUGGUCUAUUCGUCGGUGCUAUGAUAAGUAAAAAUAUUGCUAAUUUUCUAGAAGAGAACGACUUGUUUGUCCCUUCAGAUGACGACGACGAUGAUGAUUAGCGAGCAGAUACUAUGAGUAUCUGGAUCAGUCAAAUUUUUAUUCAAAACGCUUCUUCAUAGCCAUUGCAGGUGCUCAUUUUUCAGCUUGUUUUAUCCAUAAACAAACAGUUCAUUAUUUCAUUUAAAUCUAGUCUCAACCAGGAACGGAAAAUAAAUUUUCAUUCCAUAUGGUAUCCCCAGUAUAUGCUGCAUUUUUAGUUUGAAAUGUGUAUUUUUUGUACAAACUGAAUACAAUCGCUUUGUUGAAUAUUUUAUUGAAUGUUACUAUAAAAAUUAUAAACAAUAAAUAAUUUGUGUCAUAAAUAAA